AUGGCCUAUGCUGAGGAAGACAGGUGUAGCUAUGAGGCGUGUAAGGAAACAGCAGAUUGGUUGCGUGCCCGAACUGCCCAGCGCCCGAGGACUGCCAUCAUCUGUGGCUCUGGCCUGGGAGGCCUGGCAGAUGCCCUGGAGAACAAGACAGUCUUCCAUUAUGAGGACAUCCCCCACUUCCCACGCAGCACAGUGGCAGGGCACGCUGGCAGGCUGCUGUUUGGGGAGCUGAAGGGCCAGGCCUGUGUGUGCAUGCAGGGACGCUUCCACGGCUACGAGGGGCACGCAGCCAGCACGGUCACCUUUCCCAUCAGGGUCUUCUUUCUCCUGGGAGUGGAGAACUUGAUUGUCACCAAUGCUGCUGGGGGACUGAACCCUCACUUCCAAGUGGGGGACAUCAUGUUCAUCAGAGACCACAUCAGCCUGUUUGGGGUGGCAGGGCACAAUCCUCUGCGGGGCCCAAACGAUGAGAGGUUUGGUGCCAGGUUUCCCUGCAUGUCAGAUGCCUAUGACCAAGAGCUGCUGGGCCUGGCACGGGAGAGUGCCCAGGAGCUGGGCUUCCAGAGCUUUACCCGGGAAGGAGUCUACUGCCUGCUGCCAGGGCCCUGCUACGAGACCAUCGCUGAGUGCCGCCUGCUGCAGGCGCUGGGAGCCGACGCCGUGGGCAUGAGCACCGUGCCAGAGGUGAUGGUGGCCAGGCACUGCGGGCUGCGGGUGCUGGGGCUCUCCCUCAUCACCAACAAGGUGGUGCUGAGCUACAGCAGCCAGGAGAAGGCCAACCACGAGGAAGUGCUGCGCAUCUCGGUGGUGAGGGCUGAAGAGCUGCAGAGGCUGCUCACUCACCUCCUGGGCAAGCUGCAGGAGCACACAGCCUCCCCCUGA